UUUAUUUCCUCGUUCGUCUCUAUUCAGUCAGUAGCCUUCACCCCCACUGUUCAGUGUAUCACCUGUACACAGGAAGUCGAAUGGAUAGGCGGCUUGGUUUCUGUCUACAAUAGGCUUAAUAUCGACAUUUUUUUUAGUUACACUAAAUAAACACAAAUUAGUGUCGGAAUUAAUUAACUUUUCGGUUGUUCUGAUAUCCUUCGGAAUACUUUCUAUAGGGGAAAAAUGACAACCAAUUCGUAAUGACUGGUGUGGAUUUACCUGCGAGACACCUGUCGCUGUUGCCAUCCUAUUGAAGACAAUGGACCGAGGCUGUCGAUAAUCAUUCUAAAGGCUUGUAGAAUUUGACCGAGACUAGACAAAUAAUUAAAAAUUUCAAGCACAGUGAAAUCCAAUUUGGAUCAAUUUCCAAACGUGACGUUCUUCUGUCAUGGAUUUGUUGGAUUCUGGAACGAAGUUUACCCCGAAAACGCAGGAUGAUGACUGGGAAAAUUCUGUCACAUUCUUGCCAGCCCCAGACACCAAGAAGCUGGAGAAAAAUAGAGGGAGUAAAACACUUUUUGUUGGGAUUGGCCUCGUGGGGUUGGCAGCAGUCAUUGCGCUGACGACAGGCCUGCUGGUUUGGCAUUUUCACUUGAGGAGAGGAGAGGUGCGAUUGACAAAGAUGUACAUUGGCUCUAUGAGUAUCACCAACCAAAGAUUUAUAGAUUCCUACGACAACCCCAACAGCAAUGAGUUCAAACAACUGGCCAUGCAGGUGUCACAGCAGCUGAAGGGAAUCUACUCUAAAUACAAAGAUCUGGAUAAAUAUUUAGUGGGAUCCACAGUGCAAGCCUUCAGUGAAGGCAACAGAGGGAGUGAGGACAAUGUAGUGGCCUACUACCUGUCUGAGUUUGAUGUACCGAUCGGUCGGGGGUCUGCAGUGGAUGAAGCUAUUGGCACCAUGGAUCCGAUGGAGGGAAGUCUGAAGGGGAGGAUGGGGAAGGGUCGCCGGCCAACCAGCUCCCUGCUCAUCAACAACGUCAUGUCUGGAGCUCUGGAUGCACGUAUGACAAAGGCCUUAUUGACUGCCUCCCAAACCUAUUCCUAUCACAUCAGUGAGAAUCACACGGCCACAUUACAGUCACCUGGCUUUCCUGAUUCUCCAUACCCUCCAAACACAUAUGUGUUGUGGAGACUACAUGCUGACCGAGGCUACAGGAUUAAACUGGAGUUUGACACCUUCAACUUGGAGGCUGACUGUCAGAACGACUUCAUCAAGGUGUAUGACUCCCUGGUGCCAUUGGAGCAGAAGGUCAUGGCAGAGAAAUGUGGAUAUUACACUCGCAAUGAGCCACUGUCGUUCAUUUCCUCUGGAAACGUCAUGCUGCUGACACUGGUAACCAACAAGGAGAAGAACUUCCCUGGCUUCAGAGCCACCUACUCUCAGGUUCCCCUCAAUAGCCAAGAUUGUGGUGGUCAAUUAUCAGGACUUAAUGGCACCUUCACAUCUCCAAACUUUCCCUCCCAUUACCCACCUCUGACCAAGUGUGUCUGGGAUAUUGAGGUCCCAAAAGGGAAGUCUGUCAAGGUGCAGUUCAACAAGCUGUUGAUGUCUGAGCCAGGACAGAACAGUAAUAAUUGUCCUAAGGACUACGUAGAGAUCAACAGUGAAAAGCUAUGUGGCGAUAAGCCCUACAGCACUGUGGUCACCAGCACAGUCAACAAGAUAGUCGUGAUAUUUAACUCUGACAUGUCCUAUGUGGAUUCAGGUUUCACUGCUGAGUUUGAAGCCUUUGUGCCAACUACUCAGUGUGAGCCAGAUCAAAUCAAAUGUAGAAAUGGUCUUUGUAAAGUCAAGUUCUGGCAGUGUGAUGGAGUCAAUGACUGUGGGGACAGCACAGACGAGGAAAACUGUGGGAGUUGUAAAUCAGGUGAGUUUACCUGUCGGAAUGGAAGCUGUAUCUCCGAGAGACUGAAAUGUGAUGGCCGUGCUGACUGUGCUGACGGCUCUGAUGAAUCAAAUUGCGCAAAAUCUCUAGCCCUGCAAUGCUCAGAGUAUACUUACAAGUGUAAGAACAACAUGUGCAUCAGCAAGCUGAACCCAGAGUGCGAUGAAGAAGAGGACUGUGAUGAUGGCUCAGACGAGGCAGACUGUCAGUGUGGUAUACGGCCUUAUAGACACUCCCGCAUUGUGGGUGGACAGGCCUCCAUUGAGGGGGAGUGGCCCUGGCAGGUUAGCCUUCACAUCCGAGGGUCUAGCCAUGUGUGUGGAGCCUCAGUUAUCAACGACCGCUGGCUCGUCACUGCUGCCCACUGUGUCCAGGAUGACGUCAAAGUCAAAUAUUCUCAACCUCAACAAUGGGAAGCAUACCUUGGACUUCAUGUUCAGAGUCAGACUAACAAGUGGACGCUGAAGAAGAACCUUAAACAGAUCAUCCAGCACCCUGGCUACCAAGCCCAGACUUAUGACAAUGACAUAGCUCUUAUGGAACUGGACAGUCCUGUCACACUCAACCAGAACAUCUGGCCAAUCUGUCUGCCCACGGCCAGGCAUUACUUCCCUGCUGGCAAGCCAGUGUGGAUCACUGGCUGGGGGACCACCAGAGAGGGGGGUUUCGAGGCAUCAAUGUUGCAGAAGGCAGAGGUCCGUAUCAUCAAUGCCACAGUAUGUAACACCCUAAUGGAAGGACAGACCACUUCCAACAUGUUAUGUGCUGGUGUACUGGACGGAGGAGUAGAUGCCUGUCAGGGAGACUCUGGAGGUCCGUUGUCCUCCAUGGAGAACGGUGGACGUUUCUUCUUGGCUGGAGUGGUGAGCUGGGGGGACGGCUGUGCCCGCAGGAACAAGCCUGGCGUCUACACCCAAGUCACCAAAUACAGGGACUGGAUAAAGCAGAAGACCGGAGUGUAGCUGAGAAGACCAGGGUCUAGCUGAGUGGGAAACCUGAUAAAGCAGAAGACCGGAGUGUAGCUGAGAAGACCAGGGUCUAGCUGAGUGGGAAACCUGGUUGUCAAGCCUGAGCAAUACUUAGCCCGCAGAAGAUUGGUCUUUGUCCAAGUUCUUAAAAUCCUCAGACCUUUGAUUGGUAUGCAUUAAGGUUAUUAUAGUAAACUAAUGCAGAAACUAAAACAAAAAUUAAUCUUGAAAAAACGAUUUAGUAAAUUGAAAUAAAAUAAUGAACAAACCUGUUUCAAAAAACUAAAACUAUACUGAAACGAUUAUCUUUGACUCCAAAACUAAAUAAAAUAAAAUAAAAACCAUAAUGAGUUAUGUUCAGUUGUAGUUUUUUUCUAAACUUCUGAUUGGGUUUUCAAUGGGGUUCAAAGGUGGAUGAAGGCUGCAACUGAUACCUGACAAAUGUAUGCACUCAAUACCCUAAGUCGCUCUGGAUAAGAGAAUUUGCUAAAUUACUCAAAUGUAAAUGUAAAACAGUUGUGAAGCUUUAGGGGGGGGUUUAAGCUACUGAAUCUGGUGGGUAAAUGCUUCCAGGAGAUGGUGAUGUUUCAAAUAGGCCUAGUUUGUGCAUCACUAUCCCUAGCUAUCACUAGCUAACAGGGGAAAAAAAGUCUAGGUAACUAACUUGAUUCCUCUUACAUGUACUACUACGUUUUUAAAAAGCACUGGAUAUAUGGGGUUUCCUUCUACAUUAUUAUUUUUCACCAGUCUCAGCUCUAUUACCUUUAAAUCCAAGUCACAAUGAGAUUGACUUUAUAAUAUAAACCUAUCCUAUGAGCUGACCCAUCACCUUGUGUAUAACUGCCCGUGGUCAUGUAAAACUAUGUAGAACUAUUUCACACUGGGAAUAUUUUUACAGUGUGAAACAUUUUUACCUUCAGUGGUAAGAAGUGACAUCCCAAAAACAACACACAUGCUAUACAACCCAAAUGGCUCAUAGCAAUACUAAAACUGAAACUAAAUAAUAUAAAAACUAAAUAUACACAUUUCUAGCAAAUUCAAACUAAAUAACAAACUAGCAAAUCAGGUCCGAAAACUAACUUAAAAUAAAAUGAAUUUCAAAUGUAAAUUUUUUUAACGAAUAUAAAAAAAAACUAAUUUAAAAACAAAACUAUAAUAACCUUGGUAUGCACACUACAGUAUGUGACUACUGGGACUCUACAAGGAGUUUUCAUGAUUUUACACUUAUGUUGUAAAUGGUGUUUGGUUCUAUCCAAAAGUAUUACUUUAUACAGAAUAUACCAUUCUUACAUACUUAUACAUACACUUACUUAAAAAUAGACUGGGCAUUACAUUAGCUGUGUUAUUAUCUUGCUUAAAUAAAUAUUUAGUAAGCAUUGGUUGCAGGUUAAAGACGGAUUUUUGCACCCAAGUGCAUUAAAUUGCCUGCUUUUGUGACCUUGUGGGCAUUUUUCCACCCUGGGUUUCUUUAUGUAGAAUUUGCUUUGUUCAUGUGUUAGAAUCCUUAUCCUUACAUUGCCUAGGCAAUCGUUUGUUUUUCCAAAAGUGAUAUGUUAUAUGAAGUUUUGUGGAUUCUUAAAAUCUCAUAUGUCUUUGUAUUUUUAUAUUAUGUUUUGUUAAUGUAGGUGUUUUCUUUUUAGGAUAUGUUUUCAUUUCCUGUUUAUAUUUAUUUUUUAAUUGAUCUUCAGACUGCUGUACCUCAGUAAACGUGACAGCUUGUGUACCUGAUUUUUUUUUUACUGUCUAAUAUGCUCUGAGAUGUUUCUGAGAUACCAUACGACUAAAAAUGACUGUCCUGGGUACUUAGUUAAUGGUUUGAUUGAACAGGGAAAUGGUAAAGGAAAAUAUUUCACAUAUUCAGAGAGCUAUACUUUACACAUUUUAGAAAUGAAUUAAGGUAUUUUGUGAUUUUAUACUAAACUCAGUUCAUUGAUUUUUAUAUUUUCUUCCCGAGACAUAUUUAAAUUUGUAAACAAUAUGUAAAUGUCAUAGAGCAUAGAGAGCUUUUGGUGUGUAAUAUAUUUCUGGUUUAUAUUAUGUCAAUAUGGUUGGUUGCUUGGUCCUUGUCUAGGUUUAUACAUUAGUUGAAAGUACAUCUCAUUGCUCCUCGUACACAUUUUAACAAGUGAUGUUAACAUUACUAUGGCAGCGUUUACACAGGCAGCCCAAUUCUGAUCUUUUUUUCCCCCAGUAAUUGGUGUUUAGAAAAGAUCUGAUUGCUCAAAAAAGGAAACAAAUAUCAAAAUGGCCUCUUUUUUUUUUAAAGCAGCCUAUAUACUCUGUUCUAUGUAUCCAUUCCAUUCUGGUGCUUACAGGAUAUCAUUAAUUAGUUGUUGUAUGUAAAUUAGAUAUUUUUUUCUUGUGUACAGUUUAGGAAAUUUUUAUUGAUCAUUUUAAAACGCGUAUGUUGUGUGAGUGUCAAGCUGGGCUUGUAAUACACAAAGGCCUAGUAACAACACCAAAAAGACUUGUACUCGCGUAUUUGUGGAAUUUCAGGGUCCUGACAACCUGUGCUUUUACUUGAGUUUGUGAUUAUUGUAAUGUACUUUACAGUAAUUUCACCAUUCUCUGAACAUUUUAGAUUGUGGGAGUGCCAAUGUGCCUUAUUUCAGUGUAAUUCUAUGUAAAGACUAGUUUCAUAUUAAAUUACAAUACCCUGUAUGAUUGGGGAAAUGA